UUGAGUGAUUCUCUCGCUGUUCUUUAGUCUCUUGGCACUGGACGCCAAUGGCGAAAAGGCUCUUCUAGCUUAGUUUGUUGCCUUUAUACUUGCUUUUUUUCUCUCCAUCGAGAUCGCCAUGGAUUGCCACUUGCUCCGUCCUCUCUCCUCUUCUCAUCACUAUUUCUUUUCCCCUGCUUCCCGAGUGACAGGUUGUAUCACACAACGACAUUGUUCAAAUUUUCAAACACAUAAGAAAAUAAAUGGAGACAACAUUCAAAGAUUUAAAGGGUGCUUCAUGGACCCUCACACCAAGCAUAGCAAUCAAAAUACUGCCCAGCAUAGGAGAUCUUAUCAGUGUAUCCCGUUGAAUGCCUCAUCAGGGCAUCCUUUAGAAUCUGAGCCUCAAAUAUAUGAAUCCAAGAGCCCAUGGAGUUUGAUACUGGCUUCAUUAAAUGCUUUAUACAAAUUUUCUCGUCCCCACACGGUCAUAGGAACAGCUAUGGGCAUUAUCUCUGUAUCUCUGUUGGCUGUUGAAAACAUGUCUGAUCUUUCACCUUUGUUUUUCACUGGAUUGAUGGAGGCAGUGGUAGCUGCUCUUUUCAUGAACAUUUACAUUGUUGGCCUCAAUCAGCUGUUUGACAUAGAAAUAGACAAGGUUAACAAACCAUACCUUCCACUUGCAUCAGGAGAAUACUCUGUCAGAACUGGGGUCGCCGUUGUUUUGGUCUCUGUGAUUAUGAGCUUUGGUAUUGGAUGGGUGGUUGGCUCUUGGCCACUAUUUUGGGCUCUUUUCAUCAGUUUCAUUCUUGGAACUGCAUAUUCAAUAAAUCUGCCACUUUUAAGAUGGAAAAGGUUCGCAGUAGUUGCAGCAAUAUGCAUUCUGGCUGUUCGUGCAGUGAUAGUUCAAUUGGCUUUUUUCCUUCACAUUCAGACCUUUGUUUUUAGAAGACCGGCCAUCUUCUCAAGGCCGUUGAUAUUCGCAACUGCGUUCAUGAGCUUCUUCUCGGUUGUCAUUGCACUAUUCAAGGAUAUACCUGAUAUUGAUGGAGACAGGAUAUUCGGCAUCCGGUCAUUUACCGUACGCCUAGGCCAACAAAAGGUCUUUUGGAUUUGUGUCUAUCUCCUUGAGAUGGCAUACGCUGUUGCCAUGGUGAUCGGCGGGACUUCUUCCUGUUUUUGGAGCAAAUGUGUAACUGUUAUAGGCCAUGCUAUCCUUGCAUCGGCUCUCUGGAACCAUGCUAGAUCUCUUGACUUGAAGAGUAAGACCGCGAUAACAUCAUUUUAUAUGUUCAUUUGGAAGCUCUUUUACGCCGAAUACUUGCUCAUUCCACUUGUGAGAUGAUGACGAUGUUUUCGAGUCACAUGAUAUUAUGGUGGUCUUGAUCAUCUUGUUUAUGUUGCAGAGAAGGAUGAAUUAUUAUUUAAGAGGAUCAAAUUCAUGAUAAGGAUUUGAAACUUUUUUUUUUUUUCAGGUUGGAGAAAAUGUUUAUGAUUUAGUGUAUGAAUUGUAUGAACUAUUAUUUAUAAAUAAGAGAAGUGAAGUUCCUCUUUAAUUA